AGUGCAAAAAGGCGGAGAGCAACCAAAUACGUGUUGAUCAUCGAGCAUGUCUAAGUUGUUAACGAUCUUCUGUCUUUUCGUUUGCGUGGGCAUCGCCAUGGGUGGUAUGCAAUGUUCGAGCGGCCAAGCUUACUCCAGAUGCGGAUCCGGGUGUUCCCAGAUUUGCGGCGAUGAUUAUAUACCUUUCUGCGAAGUCGGAUGCGUUCCUGGAUGCUUCUGUCCGAAAGGACAACUCAUCGAUCGAAAAACCGGGAGAUGCAUCCCGUGCCAACCAAACCUGCCCGAAUAAAUGAACACGCUGAUUAUAAAUAUUUCGACUUGUAAUUGAAUAAAAAUUAACUUGCAUAUGCAUGAUCUAUAGAAA